AUGGCUUCCAGCUUCAAGAAGACUAACGUGGCCUCCACCAGCCAGAAGAAAAAGGUGGGUCCUAAGCCCGAACUCACUGAAGACCAGAAGCAAGAAGUUCGGGAAGCGUUUGACCUCUUCGAUGCCGACGGAAGCGGGACCAUCGACGUGAAGGAGCUCAAGGUGGCCAUGCGAGCGCUGGGCUUUGAGCCCAGGAAGGAAGAGUUGAAGAAAAUGAUCUCCGAGGUGGACCGGGAGGGCACGGGCAAGAUCAGCUUCAACGACUUCUUGGCCGUGAUGACUCAGAAGAUGUCGGAGAAAGACACCAAAGAAGAAAUCAUGAAGGCUUUCAGGCUCUUCGACGACGACGAGACCGGGAAGAUCUCCUUCAAGAACCUCAAGCGAGUGGCCGCCGAGCUCGGGGAGAACCUGACGGACGAGGAGCUGCAGGAGAUGAUCGACGAAGCGGAUCGCGACGGAGACGGCGAAGUGAACGAGGAGGAGUUCCUCAAGAUCAUGAAAAAGACCAACCUCUAUUAA